AUGUCUACAGAAACCAUUACGGUUACGCCUACUGCCACUUGGGUGCCGUUGAAGAUUGAGGGCGUGAUCCCAGAACCAUACUACAGCCCCAAAUUCAACCUGAAAAUCAUUCCACUACAUCCCACGUUUGCCUGUGAACUUCUGGGAGUCGAUUGGAGCAAGGAUAUCUCUCCAGAACUAUACCAAGAGAUUCGAGAUAUUGUUGACAAGUUCGGAGUUGUGGUAUGUCGAGAUACAGGGCUAACUGACGAAGGACACAUCAAAUUUUCUGCCAACUUUGGUGACUUGGAUGAUGUCAGGCCGUAUCAGAAGGCCGGCCGCAAGCAUCGUCUCGCCCACCCAGAGCUUUUUGAUGCAGGCAAUAUUGACCCAAAUACUGGCGAUGUCGCACCGCUAACGGCCGCCCAAGUUAUUGGGAACAAGGCUAACGAGCUCUUUCAUGUCGACUCAUCUUUUAAUGGACGCCGUGCGGGACAUUCACUUCUCCUCGCUCAUGUUUUGCCUCCUCCCGGUACGGGAGGUUCGACAGAGUAUGCAGAUUCGCGGACUGCUUACGACGAUCUUACCGCUGCAAAGAAGGAGCAGAUCAAAGAGUUGGUGGCGAACCACUCGCUUUUCCACUCACGCAAGACGGUCAUGCCGGAUUAUUUCAAGGAUACCGAUCCUAGCAAGCUGCCAUUGAGCAAGCAUAAGUUAUCCCAGGUUCACGAGUGGUCUGGUCGGAAGAACCUCUACAUUGCAUCCUACGUUUAUAGCAUAGAUGGCUUAGAUGUGGAUGAAAGCAAGGCAUUGAUCGCGGAGCUGUUGGACCAUGUUCAAAAGCCUCAGUAUCGGGUCACCAUCGACUGGCAUCAGCCUGGAGAUAUGAUCAUUUGGGACAAUACUUCGGUCAUGCACAGGGCAACCGGGGGUUCAUACGAGGGCAACUUCAGGCGAGAUAUGAGGCGCACGACAGUCAAGGACAUGAGCAGGGACAAAUACGGUCUCAAUGGCUAUGGGGCGGACUGGCGAGUUGGUCUCCCAUGA